AGCUUCAUUCUGACCGUUGGAUGGGAACCCCUUCUGAUCAAGUGUUACUCACAGUACAGUAUAUCACAUACACCCGUUUGAUUAUAAGCUCUUUCUUUCCCUCUCUAGGAAGUUUCAGUAACAAAGAGGAAAAUGCUAGGAAUUUCUUAUGGAGAGCUCUUCCUCUUGAUUGGAGCCACUGCUGCUCUCGUUGGGCCAAAAGAUCUUCCAAUUAUUGCCAGAACUGUAGGGAGGUUAGCCGGUCGAGCAAUUGGGUAUGUUCAAUUAGCUCGAGGGCAGUUCGAUAAUGUUAUGCAACAGUCUCAAGCUAGACAGGUUCACAAAGAACUUCAAGAUACAAUGGCACAACUAGAGGCAAUUCGUUAUGAAAUCCGAAGUAUAUCGCUUAUAAAUCCCGGUCCUUUGACUCAAAGGUUGAUGGACAAUCCUUCAGAACCUAGUCUUCAAAGUAGUGCUGUAGGUAACAGUUCGGUUGAUACGCGGGAGGGAAUGCCGAAGUCAAUAGAUACUAUCAUGAAGGAUAAUAGUUUCAAAACCUCAGACACGUUUAAUUUGCAUAGCCAAGCAGUUGCUUAUGCAAAAUUGGCUCAAUCUGAAGCUGUGAAGAACAAUAUGGAGAAAGAGAAACACGAUGAGGAGGCCGGCCUAUUCACCAUUCUGCCUGUUUCAGCUGAAAGCACUGGGAUGCUACCAAAUCGCAAGGUGGAUAUGACGACAGAAAAUGCAAAAGGAUCAGACAUUGUAUUGGAAGCAGUACUUGAAUCAGAGAUAGCUCAUAAUGCCAAAGAUUUCUUUUCACAGCCCCAAAAUCAAAUACAGUGAUCUUAAAAGAAACGUCAUUCCUUUUACGGCCUCAAGAGGCCUAACCAAAAAGGGUUUUGCUGAUAUUAAUUUUGUUCCACAUGAUACAUACAGUCAUGUGUCAUCGUCUGCAAUGAAGCUGCUAGAAAGUCUCUCUUCAAGCCUUGCCUUCUCAACUGUCAGCUAAAGUAUAUUAGGCACCUAGAUGGUUCCACACUCGGUUUUGAGGCCAACAUUUUUUUGUGCACAUAUAUUAUCAAUAUAAAUGUCAGUUCUAAACCAGCAGUUGUGUAAUUGCUUUCCUUGUUUGAUUUUGCUGCUGUUAAUAGCUGAUUUUCUUCGAAGUUUCAAUCA